AUGGGAACACAUACUUUGGGGUGGAUUGCCAUAGUGGUUGCCACAUUUAGCUAUGGAUCCCUUUUCGUCCCAGUGAAGAACUACGACAUUCAUGAUGGUAUUGUGUAUCAGUGGUUCCAGUGUUGUGGGAUUCUUCUCGCUGGCUUGUUGCAAGCCCUUUGGCGGAAUGAUUGGGAGGCUCCGGGCUUAAGUGCUCCAGGCUUCUACGUUUGCAGAGAAGGAGUUCUAUCUGGAGUCUUCUUCCAGCUGGCGAAUGUCUUGGCCACACAGGCGGUGCGAACCUUUGGAAUGAGCCAUUACUUCACCACUCAAAAGGUCACCAAUUUGGGCGGUGCCUUCGUGGUGGGUGUCUUUGGUCGCCAUUUCGGGCUGCCGGUGGAGCCGCCCAGCGAUCCGCUCCUGGCCCUGAUGGGAUGCCUGUCCGUGUUGCUGGCCAUGGUGCCAUUGGGCUUUACCAAGGUGGAGGAUGAGCUUUCACAAGACGAGCACGACCACAAGUCCUUUGUUCAAUUUCAGGAGACCAGAAUUACCAGUCCUGCAGAUAAGAAGCCACAUCUCAUCCCACCACAACAUUCUGACAUGGGUGGAUAUUUGAUGCUGGAUGAGGCCGUAUCUGAACCCACGACACCAGCUCCCACGCCCGUUUUCCCACGAAGGGAACAUGGCAGAGGUCAUGGAGGUUGGUGUAAGGGUUUGGCGUGGUCCCUCUUUGCUGGUUUGGCAUUUGCUUUCAUCUACAUCCCUAUCCUCCCAUGGAAGCAUCGAAUGGCUCUUGAAAAUGUAGAAUUCUCGUCCUUCGACUACUUUCUGUCCAUCAGUGUCGGUCUUUUCAUUGCAUCUACUGCCUAUAUGCUUCUGGGUGGAGCGAUGAAAAAAUAUCAGGGCAGGAAACUGAUGAAGUCAGUCUUGCGGCCCGCAUUGCUCACCGGUGUCCUGUGGUCCGUGGCAAGCAUGGCUCAGCUGUAUUCCUUGGCAGUCAUGCCAUAUGCCGUAGCUUAUUGCCUCGUUUGUGGCGGGGAAGUUGGGGUGAGCUUGCUUUGGGGAAUCUUUGUCUUCAAAGAAGCAACAACUUUUCACAACCUCACAUGCACCAUGCUUGCUUUCCUCGGUGUUCUCAUCGGUGUUGGUUUGGUGGCAGCCUCGAAAUGAAGCUGGAAGGUUCGCAAAAUGUAUCUUGUAGACUGGUUGAUGUCACUUGCAGAUUUCGUGCCCAAUGCUGGCACAUCUACCUUAGAGACCUUUUGUGG